AGCCUCGGGGAAGCGGUCCCGGAACAGCGACGCCAGGAGCCCUUCAUCCUCCACUUCCCCGAGAGCCGCUACCGUGGCCGUCGCAGUGGCCGAGGCCGUGACUGGGGUUGGGACAGUAGCCGCCGAAGCCAUCUUCCCAGCAGCAGCGUCACUUCCCCUCCGAACCGGCGAGGGCGCUGGCUUAGAACCUAGGACCGGAAGAAGCUGGGGCUCAUUUCCGCUCUCUAUGGUUUCUCAUCCGGCCGGUUUUCUUUCUCUGGCGGUCCUCCAGGCUGUGGGGCGCUGGCGUGAGGAAUGACGAGAAUGGGGCUAGAAAGGCAGGAUUUGGGGUUGCCAGGGAGCAGCUGGAGGCCGACUUCCGUUUCCGGCUACUGAGGCACGAGGAUCCGGUGCUCCAACCCAGCGGGGAAAUGCGGCCUUUGACUGAAGAGGAAACCCGUGUAAUGUUUGAGAAGAUCGCGAAAUACAUCGGGGAGAAUCUUCAGCAGCUGGUCGACAGGCCCGAUGGCACCUACUGUUUCAGGCUGCACAACGACCGGGUGUACUACGUGAGUGAGAAGAUCCUGAAGCUGGCCGCCAAUAUCUCCGGGGACAAGCUGGUGUCGCUGGGGACCUGCUUCGGAAAAUUCACUAAGACCCACAAGUUUCGGUUGCACAUCACAGCUCUGGAUUACCUUGCACCCUAUGCCAAGUAUAAAGUGUGGAUAAAGCCUGGAGCAGAGCAAUCCUUCCUGUAUGGGAACCAUGUAUUGAAAUCUGGUCUGGGUCGAAUCACCGAAAAUACUUCUCAGUACCAGGGAGUGGUGGUGUACUCCAUGGCAGACAUCCCUUUGGGUUUUGGGGUGGCAGCAAAAUCUACACAGGACUGCAGGAAAGUAGACCCCAUGGCGAUUGUGGUAUUUCAUCAAGCAGACAUUGGGGAGUACGUGCGGCACGAAGAGACAUUGACUUAGAAAGAAAUCAUCGCAAGGACUUUACAGCUGGGCUGUGUGGCAGGGCCGAGCUUUGUUUCCUGUGUUUGUGUGGACUCCACCAUCACGUUGAAUUUUGUCAACACUGACAUCUUCAGGGACUUCUUACUUUAAUAUUCUAUCACUGACAAAUGCAGGCUGGAUUCUUAUACAGAAAUGGCUCCAAAAUGGGGUUUCAGGUCUUUGUGUUUGUGACUAGCAUACUACUAUAUUAGUUUUAUAUUUGAAUCAGAGGGCUUCCUAUUCUGAGUAACAGAUUCUGAAUUUUUGGAACUGAGGAGAAGAAUAGCUUAUAAUUGUUAUCUGUGAUAACACUUUGUUUUCCAAACUCAUGAUAAUAACAUAAUGGAUUUUCUCUGUUAUUUAUUAAUAUCAUGAAAGAUACAUAUUGCCAUAUCAGACUAGUAGGCCAUGUCUGGGAUUUUACAAAUGAAAAUUUGUCUAAAAUAGUAAGAGCAAUUCAUUCAGCUAUUUUUCUGUACAGUAAGUGCUGUGUGGUAUGGUUCAAACCCCAGUGCUGCCACCUACCAGCUGUAUGGCCUUGGAUGAGUCAUUCAGCUUUAAUAAGCUUCAUUUUCUUCUUCUAUUUUCAAAAACACAAAACUGAAAAUACAGCUUUCGCUAUCUGCCUAAGAGUGGUUUUUAGAAUUGGAAAUCAUUGUAAAGCAUCUAGCACAGUGCCUGGGAAAUGAUAGGUGUUGAAUAAAUGGUAAGGGUUAUUUUUAUAUUGCAUAUAUUAUGUAUUUCUAUUACUAAGUGUUGGGUCUUAUGAAUGUAAUUUGAUUAUAUGAUCUUAUUUUUUAUAAACUGUUUUCUCGGUCUCUUUCUGGGAUGGGAUGAUCCCAGGCUGAAAUGUUUUUUCCUUCACUUUGAUUUCAUAAAACAUAAUUUAUGAACCUCUA